AUGUCUCCUACUACUGAUUUUGGGGACACCCAUGCCCCUGUGAAACCGCACACAACUUGGAUCAAUAUUCUCACUGUUCUUGCAGCAUCAACCGCAAGUUUUACCUUUGGCUAUUCCAACAAUGCUAUUGCUGGAACGAUUGCUCAAUCCUCCUUUGUUGAGUACUUCUUGGCCAAGGACUCAACGUCUCGUGUGGGGGGAAUGCUUGGAGCGUUCUUUGGUGGAGGCUUUAUGGGAAGCAUAAUCCAGAGCCCCGUUUCUUCUCGAUUCGGGAGACGGCCAUGCAAUAUGGCGGCGGCUGUCAUUGUCAUGAUAGCUGCAGCUCUCCAAGCCGGCAGUGUCCACAUCUCAAUGUUCCUCGUUGCCCGCGUCCUCAACGGAAUUGGUGCUGGAAUGAUCAUUGCGAAUACGCCAGUCUACAUGAGCGAAAUUGCGCCAGCUCAUACGCGGGGUCUCCUGGUCAGCUUCCAGGGUAUUUCGAUCACCGGCGCCUACAUUGUAUCCUCUGUCUUCGCACUCGCGUUCCAUUUUGUCGAUCACUCCUAUCAGUGGCGCUUACAAUUUGUGGUCCUGACCAGCGUCGCAUUGCUCUUGGUGGUGACCAUGUAUUUCAUUCCUGAAAGCCCUCGAUGGCUCAUGGAUAAUGGAAAAGCUGAUGCGGCCUGGACAGUUCUCCAGAAGUUGCACAAGUCAAAGAGAGAUCCCACUGGCAGACUUGCACGUAUGGAAUAUAUCCAAAUCAAAGCACAGAUUGAAGAAGAAAAGUCUCUGCCAUCCGGGUAUUGGUAUAUCUUGAAAAACCCUCACAUGCGCAGAAGGGCCGUCUGCGGAGCAAUUGUUUGGAUCAUGGGACAGUCGACUGGCAUCGUCGUCAUUGCGAACUUCGCACCACAGCUCUUUGCAGGGCUGGGCUUCAGCAACGUAUUUCAACUGGGGCUUUCAGUAGUCUGGGUGACAAUAUGCGCAAUUGGAACCUGGCUCAGUGGUCUUCUUAUCGAACGAAUCGGCCGAGUGAAGCAGCUUGCCUUAGGUGGUUACCUCUGCAGUGCAUGCCUUAUCAUUGAAGCAGUCCUCCAGAAAUAUUAUAUCGGAACGUCGAACACAGCAGGUCUCAAAGCGGCUACUGCGAUGUACUUUGUUUUCGUUUUCAUCUUCGGGCUGCUGAUCGAAUGCCCCGGCUAUACCUACAUCGUUGAGAUCUGGCCCACUCACCUCCGGAGUGAGGGUGCGACGAUCGGCUUCGUCUCUUUCUUUUUGAUGACAAUCUUGUACAAUAGCCCGGCAGCGGAAGCCUUUGCAACAAUCGGGUGGCGAUAUUACUUUGUGAUGAUCGCGGUCUGCAUUGUGUCCAAUACGUUCCUUGCCUGGUACUGUCCCGAGACUACCGGGUUGACUUUAGAAGAGAUUGCAGCCAAGUUCGGAGACCAUGUGGCUGUGGAGAUCUCUGCGAUCGAUAUUAACCAGGUCGAGAUCGAGAAGACUGAUGGUCAACACGUAGAAAGUAUCAAAGUGUGA